CAGAGCCUAUUGGGUACAGGCCACGCCGCAGAGGGGGGCGGGGAUACGCGUGCGCCCUGUCAAGGCGCGCUUCCGGCGGCCGUUGAAAAAUGGCGACUGUCGCCGAGCUCAAGGCCGUGUUAAGGGACACUUUGGAAAAAAGGGGAGUAUUGGGACAUUUAAAAGCCAGAAUCCGAGCUGAGGUGUUCAACGCCCUGGAUGAUGACAGUGAGCCCCGGCCGGUGUUGUCCCAUGAAAACCUUCUCAUUAAUGAGUUAAUUCGGGAGUAUCUGGAAUUCAACAAAUACAAGUACACAGCGUCUGUCCUCAUGGCAGAAUCUGGCCAACCUGUAGUUCCAUUGGACAGACAAUUUCUCAUUCGUGAACUAAACGCAUUUGAAGAAUCCAAGGAUAACACAGUACCUCUUUUAUAUGGAAUUUUAGCCCAUUUCUUGCAUGGAGCUAAGGAUGGCAUCCAAAAUGCAUUUCUGAAAGAGUCUUCGCUUCAGCCUCCAAACCCAAAUAUUGGCAGACAGCCAAGUGGAAGGAAGCCAGUAGAUGAUUGCCUAAGAAAGGAGAGAGGGAAGAGUGCCGACGCUGAAGAUCUUCGUGUCUCUCCAGCAGUGAAGAGAUGACAUGGCCUUCGGGGUAUCUUUUGUCCUAAAAUUAUUCUAGUCAGUAACUUAUUUAUUAUCCUGGUGUUGCCAGUGUUGUAGAAAUUGAGUUUCUACAAAACACAUUGCCCCUCACGUUUUCCUUCGUUGGUGAAUAAAAGCUAAUUCUGUCAUCUAGCUUACUGGAGUCGACUUGAAAGAAAACAUGUGGGUUUUAGGGAGUAUUUUAAAGGCCUUCAGGUUGAUGAGACAUGAAAGGGCUUUUCGGUACCUUGUACAUUCUUCCAAACACACACACAGGUCUGUGUUUCCAUACAAGUAGGCUCUGCUGUUUGACGUGGCACAUUAAUUAAACUUCUGUCAGCUGCAAAAUUUGUAAGAAAAUUCAUUCAUGUUUUAAAAAUUUUAAAUGACUUAAAACCAGAAAAAGAAACCCUAUAAUUUCUAUAGUUUGAUUUUUUUAAAAGUAGCUAUUUUCAUAUAACCAUUUAUAAAUAGGCUUAAAUGUCUGAAUUACUAUCUAAGGUUGAAAUUUUCAACUAGAGAACAAUGUACUUUUCUCCUUCCAUUUGGCUUGCACUGGAAGGUUUAAUUAAAAGGUAGAGGGAUGAAAUAAUUUUUAAUUUUGCUGUAAGUAAAACAAAGAGCUUAUUUUAUUAUAUAAAGACUGUGAAAUAUACUUGAAGAGGCAGGCUUUGGAAGAAGUAGCAUAGUGACUUCUAAAAGGUGGGCCUGGUUCACCUCCGUGGGGCUGUCAGUUGUGCACAUGGAUGAGUCGGAAAAGGACCAGCCCAUGCACACUGGGACCUGAAAGUCUUUUAAACAUCAGUUUUGAUUCUGAGGGUAGAAAAACAGUAGCUGUUAGGAUGCAUUCCCUAAAAUGGUCCUUCGAUGUGGUGUCUUCAGAAUAGAACUUGGCCUGCGUACCUGUACACUGACACCAGUUAGCUUAAAUGUUUUCCACUAAGUGUAGUGGGCAAAAUUGGCGUUCUCUGUAGGAUAUUGAUCCUGUGCUUUGAAAAUUAUUGAAACUUUUGAUUUUGUAUUUAGUGAUGUAGCUUUCACUCACUAAAAGUUAACCAGGAAUUUUUAUCUAAAUGCAUAAACUGAUUAAUGCAACCCCUUUAUUACCAAACUUCACAAGUCACAGGUUUUGAGAGGCCCUGUUGUGGGGCUUAAAAUCAUAUAAAUAUAUCUAGAUAGAUGCCAAAGUAUUGUAAGGCCAGUUUCCAUUUUUAAGUCUGUAAUAUCUGAUUACAGUGAUGAAUUCCAUUGUGUUUUAUGUGGGAAUAUAAAUAUCUGAAUGCUUCCAGAGAACUUGGUUUACAUCCAAGGAUAUUGGCAGUGGACACUAAGUUUACCUCAGGAAUUACAAUCAUGUGGGAUGAGAUUCAGAAAAAAUGCUGGAGUUUAUCAUUUUGGAUGCUGACAUAAAGUCAUCAAAUGGAAGUGAAGUGGAUUGUCACAUAGUGCUUUUGUGUGCAUUAUUCUGUAAUUUGUACCUAGACAAUUUUUAUACUUUUAAUGUACCAUUUAAUAAUAAUAAAAAAGAAUCCACUCA